AUGGAGAUCUGGCGCUACCACCCUGACGGCUGGCACGAGCCAAUCCUCUUCACUCGGACACGCGGGCGUGGUGGACGCAGACGUGACGGUGAGGCCAUCUACCUGGGGCAUGGCGUCGGCGCGACAUUUCACGUUCCCCCAUACCAACGCCGCAGCCGUCGUCGAUCCCCACGACCCGCACCCUGGGACUAUGAUAACGACUCCGACUAUUGGUCCGACGACGACGACUACAGCAGAUACCGACGAGGCAUCAUCAACAACACCAACAACCACUUCACCCGCAACAACCCCGCUUCCUUUGCCCGUGCCCUCGCCAACAAUCGAGUCGUCGUCAACAACAUCUACAGAUCACCAAGGCAUUAUUACUGA